AAAAGAAUGCUUCUCUAGCUCUUUUGUUUGUUGAUUCUUGCUACCAUAAGGGAGAUCAACAUUUAGCGCAUCAACUCCACCAUGCCUUCAUCCACCAGCCUUCAUCAUCCAUUUGAGUUUGUUGCCAACGAUGGUUCUUCUCCUCAACAACUCAGCCUUGUGUUGUUUGAGCUAGCAAACCCCGAUUUCAACAAAAAUCUCCUAGGCUUCAACUCUUCCUUUCCACUUCUUCAAUCCAACUCUUGUAGUGUUUGCUACCACACAGGAGAUCAGCCUUCAGCGCAUCACCUCCAUUGUGCCUUCAUCCACCAACCUUCAUUGUCCAUUUGAGUUUGCUACUGGCAAUGGUUCUUCUCUUCAGUGGCUCAGCCUUGUGUUGUUUGAGCUAAUAAAACCACGAUUUCAGCAAAAAUCUCCCGAGCUUCAACUCCUUCUCUCCACUUCUUUAGUCUAGUUCUUGUAAUGUUAGUCCCCCUUCUACUUCUACUCAAUUUUUCAUGAUCAAAUUUCUUGAUUUAAUGGUUGUUUUAGCACUAAAUUUUUGAACUUUUU